AAAACACGUGGUUUGGAGCAGCGAAGACGGUGGACAACGGUGGCCCUUCUGAAAUCGAACGUUCCGGACCUGAAAAAAUAAAACAGCAAUGGGUAAAUUAAAGAAGAAGCAGUCGAAUAAAUUCGCGGCGAUGAAGAGAAUGAUCAACUUAUCCGAUCAGCGUCUGAAGGAGAAGGACCGCGCUCAGAGACUCAAGAAGACAGUCAAGGAAUCCGACGCUGUACGAGAAGUGGCUCAAUACUCGUCAGCGCUGUACUUCAGAUACAAUGAGCAGCUCGGACCGCCCUAUAGGAUUCUCAUGGACACCAACUUUAUCAACUUUUCUGUGCUCCAUAAGCUGGACAUAAUCCAAGCCAUGAUGGACUGUCUGUACGCCAAAUGCGUGCCAUACAUCACCGAUUGUGUCAUGGGAGAACUGGAGAGACUCGGCACCAAGUAUAGGGUGGCUUUACGAAUUGCGAAGGACCCGCGAUUCGAGAGGCUCACUUGUUCACAUAAAGGAAUUUACGCAGAUGAUUGUCUCGUCCAAAGAGUAACUGAGCACAAGUGCUUCAUCGUCGGAACCUGUGAUAAAGAUCUCAAGCGACGCAUUCGGAAGAUUCCGGGCGUGCCUAUUAUGUACAUUGUGGAUAAGCGUUAUACCAUCGAGCGAAUGCCCGAGGCGUAUGGUGCGCCGAAAAAUAAAUAACGUUGGAAAUAUUGUGA